AUGUCUUUCACUCGAAUUCCUCGGGCUGCUAUACCGCACGCCUUCCGCUCCUUCUCUACAACCCGUGCGGGAUUCCAAUCUACAAUACCCUAUAUCCCAUCAUGCCCGUCACCAACCUGUGAAUGCGCAACAGCGCCUCCUGAUCUAGACAUUGAUCGCAAAACGCCAUUGCUGAAUACCAUGGCGGCAUACUCUGAACAGGUCAUCUUCUGUACAGGAAAAGAAGACUGGGUUAGCAACAUCGAACAGGAAGAGGGUGAAACUGGGGAGUUUGUGAGAGGGCUCAAAGGUGUAAUUGGAAAGGGCGGUCCUGGGUUUGAUCCUUUUACCAAUGUCCUCAUCACUGCUUCUUCGCUACCGAAGAGUGAAAAGACCGGCGCAACAACGGCUUUACUGUUUCCGAGUUUCAAACGUAUACCGAAUAUCCCUCACACGCCCGAAGCCUUCUCGAAUUUCGCGACCGCGUAUCUGAAAGCUCGAAAACUACAUUCUAUGCACGAUGGUCUCUCUGCUGAGCAAAAGGCCAACCUCCUUCGCGACGAGUCGAAAGCAAUCGAACUACCAGAGGCGGAAAACAUUACGAAACCCACAGUAUUGAUCUGCGGACACGGCGGCCGCGAUCAGCGAUGCGGCAUUCUUGGGCCUUUGUUGCAAUCCUCGUUCCGGUCCGAGUUCAAGCGUAGGCGCAUAGAUGCGGAUGUAGGCCUGAUAAGUCACAUUGGAGGGCACAAAUACGCGGGAAACGUCAUCAUUUAUCUGCCUCCCAGUAUUGAAGACAACGCGCUGAAGGGAUCGGGCAUCUGGUAUGGUAGAAUUGGACCUGAGAAUGUUGAGGGUGUGGUUGAAGAGACGGUAGUCAAAGGACGUGUCAUCACUGAGUUGUUGAGAGGGGGUGUCAUUCAAGGCGGUGGCAAUAUUGGGAGGAUGAUCGAGACACAACUGAAAAAAGAUAGCGGAGAAGAGGACAAUGGGACCCUGAGACUAAAGGCUAGGGCGAGAGGCUAA